CCAGCUCCAGCCCGGGACGCACACGUGCGCGCGGCGCCGCAGCCGCCACCGCGGGCCACCGAGACCCGCGCCUCCCCGGCCCCCCGGGCGGCCGCGCGGCUGGCGGCAUGCGCUGCGCAAGGCGGAGCUGACGGCGCGCCCGCCGGCCCCAUGUCCUUCGCCAUGCUGCGCUCGGCGCCGCCCGGCCGCUACCUGUACCCCGAGGUGAGCCCGCUGUCGGAGGACGAGGACCGUGGCAGCGAGAGCUCGGGCUCCGACGAGAAGCCCUGCCGCGUGCACGCGGCGCGCUGCGGCCUCCAGGGCACCCGGAGGCGGGCCGGGGGCAGGCGGGCGGGGGGCGGCGCCCCGGGGCCCGGGGGGCGGCCGGGCCGCGAGCCCCGGCAGCGGCACACAGCGAACGCGCGCGAGCGGGACCGCACCAACAGCGUGAACACGGCCUUCACGGCUCUGCGCACGCUCAUCCCCACGGAGCCGGCCGACCGCAAGCUCUCCAAGAUCGAGACGCUGCGCCUGGCCUCCAGCUACAUCUCGCACCUGGGCAACGUGCUGCUGGUGGGCGAGGCCUGCGGCGACGGGCAGCCGUGCCACUCGGGGCCUGCCUUCUUCCACGCUGCGCGCCCCGGCAGCCCCCCGCCGCCGCCCCCACCACCCCCCACCCGCGACGGCGAGAACGCCCAGCCCAAACAGAUCUGUACCUUCUGCCUCAGCAACCAGAGAAAGUUGUUUCGGCUGUGCAGCACCGUGCUCUCUUCCCCAAAGUGCACGGGGACACCGGGAGCAAGGACCGAGACAGAAAGACUACGAUUCGGAGUUAGAGGCGACGCCGCUGGGCUCUCCACAGAGAGCCCCCCCGUGGACCGGACUCAGGCACAGGCCUCCUGUGAGGGCGCCUCAGGCUCCUCUGGGGCCAAUGGACGGACAAGCGGCGGCAGGACUCUGCACUGGCCCAGCUGGCCCAGGUCCGCUGGAACCUUCUGUGCUGGCUUCCUACCUGGGUUUUCUUCUGGUCACUACGUGCUGGUAUUUUGUGUCUUUGAUAUGAUAAUAUAAAGUCUGGAAACUUUGUAUAAUUAAAAACAAAACAAUAUCGUCCAA